UUUCUAGCGUUGCCAGUGGCUGCAUUGGGCACUGACUAUUAUACAGUGACCUAUUGGCCGCCUACAUAUAACACACAGUUUGGAAUCGCAGCUACGCGUGGUAACACGAAAGUACGCAUCACCCUUCCCUCCAGCAGCUCCAGAAACAUAGCUGUUACUUUCGAUGGUGUCAGUUAUACAAACGGAGAUACAUUUUUUGUGACAAUGGGCGAAUUUGACAGUUUGCAGAUUCAGGAUCAGAAUCAGGCUGAUCUGACAGGGACACACAUCAAAGCAUCCAAUCCUGUCUCCGUUUUUAGUGGUAACAUCCGCACCAGUGUCGGAGAUGGAGUUUCCAGGGAUCAUUUGGUAGAGCAGCUCCCACCGGUCAACUCAUGGGGCAAGCAAUUCAUAGUUAUCCCUGUUCCAGGUCGAACAAGAGGCGAUGUUAUCAAGAUAGUUGCUUCCGUGACAAGAACAACUGUAACAAUGCACAACAAAGACGGGUCAACUACCCAUUUGUUAGCAAAGGCUGGGGAUUUUCUACAACACACCUUGCCAGACUCUCAAUACAUAACUUUCAUUUCUUCUACAGAACCGAUAUUAUUAGUUCAGAUAGUGCAAAGUCAGAUUUCAUCUACAACAGAAGAAGUGGCCGACCCAUCUAUGAUAUAUGUGCCUGCUUUGAAUCAAUAUUCACGUGAAUAUCGGUUUGGUCUUCCUGAAGCAGCAGCCCCCAGACGUUACAAACAUCAUCUUCUCUUGGCCAUAAAGAAUAAUGGAUUGGAACAGGGUAUUUUACUUAAUGGACGACGACUGGCUGACACCAACUUGACAGAAGCACUAUCUUGGUCCCCCGUACCCGGACUGGGAGGGCAGUAUGUUGUAACACGGAUUACUAUGAUUGGCGAGGUAGCUCAGUAUUUGCGUCAUGAGAAUAGUUCGGUCAAGUUUAUGGCUUUGCUGUACGGUACUGGAGAUAGAGAGAGCUACGGACUUCCUGUUGGCUUGAUAUAUAAUAAUUUUUAUGAUUGUCCAACAGGAAGUACGGGAGCUACGGGUCCUACAGGAGAGACUGGACCUACAGGAUCUUCGGGGCCAACUGGGGAAACUGGUGCUACAGGCCCCACAGGAGCUACUGGGUCAUCUGGAUCAACAGGAGCUACAGGUCCCAAAGGUUUAACUGGAGAGACGGGUGCCACUGGACCAACUGGAGAAUCCGGUGUAACCGGAGAAACUGGUUCCACGGGAGGAACUGGCCCUACGGGAGCAACUGGACCUACUGGAAAUACUGGAGGUACGGGGCCGACUGGCCCCACUGGAUCAACAGGACUGACAGGGGGAACUGUUUCUACUGGCGACACUGGCUCUACUGGUUCAAUAGGAGCAACUGGUUCUACAGGGCCUGUAGGAGCUUCUGGGGCAACCGGAACCACAGGGGCAACUGGGGGAACUGGUGCUGCCGGUCCAACGGGACAAACUGGUGAAAAUGAUGCUACUGGUGCUACAGGAGCAAAAGGUCCACAAGGUGCAACAGGCAACACGGGUGCCACAGGUGCUACAGGAGCAACAGGUCCUGUUGGUUCAACUGGUGAAACAGGUGCAACAGGAGCCACCAGUGCAGCAGGUACAAAUGGAACUACAGGAGCAACUGGACCUACUGGUGCUACAGGUGCUACUGGAUUUACGGGUGGGACUGGACCAACAAGUGCAACUGAGGCUACAGGACCAACAGGGGGAACUGAAGCCGUGGGACCAACAGGUAUCAGCUUUGUCCAUACUUUUUGGGCUUCAGAAUCCAUUGUAGCCAGACGUUUACGUUCUUGUGCGUUAACACAAGUUUGUUCUGCCAGUUCUUAUUGA